AUGGGAUCGACAGUUGUGCCCAAUGACAUCGUGCUGUUCAACUACCCGUCCUCGCCCUUCGGGAGGAGGAUACAGUGGUACCUGCAGCUGCGGGCAAUCGAAUAUGCCCUCGUGGAACAACCAGUCAUGAUGCCGCGCACAGAUCUCGAGAAGUUGGGCGUCAAGUAUCGGCGAAUACCUAUUCUGGCGAUUGGUCGAGAUGUGUAUCUCGACACGAGGCUCAUUCUGCGGACGCUGGAGAAGAAGUUCCCGGAUGGUAAGCUGGGCAGUGACAAACCGGAACAGCAGUUCAUAGAGAAGCUGUUGGAUAAGUACAUGGUCGAAGGGCCGGUUUUCCAACAAACCGCAGGACUGGUGCCAUCGGCGUUUCUCAAAGACCCUUCGUUUGCUAAAGAUAGGAAGGGGUUCUUGGGCAGAAAUUGGACACCCGACGAGCUGGAUGAAGGUCGACCGGAGAGUCUGGUAUUCGUUCGGAAUUUGUUCGACUUGCUGGAAACGACGAUUCUGGCCGAUGGGCGAAAUUGGGUUCUUGGGACCGAGCGGCCUUCGUUGGCGGAUAUACAAGCAAUCUGGCCAGUCGAUUGGGCAACCAGCAUGAACAUGCCGUCCCAUGUCGUGUCGGAGGAAUUGUUUCCCAAGGUGUAUGCCUGGAUAUCGCGUUUUCAGCAUGCCCUCAAAGAUGCUGCCGCGUCUUGUUCAGAACCAGUUCCCUUGAAUGGAGACGAGGCAGUUAGCUACAUGAAGACGUUCAAAGAGAGUCAGCAGGCGACUGCUGAAGAUGUAGUCGACAAACACGACCCCCAGGAAGUCGAGCGCGGCACGCUUGUGGAGAUGUACCCUUCGGACUGGGGCAGCGAACAUCGCGACGCGGGACGGCUAGUUGCCUUAGCUCGAGACGAGGUGACGAUCAUGGCGGAGGGAGCUCUAGGCUUGCGCAUACAUGCACCGCGCACAGGCUUCAAGAUGACGGCUGUUGAGAAGAACGCGGCGAAGGGUGGCACAAAGCUGUGA